AUGCUGGGAACUUUGCAAACGCUCAAAGGCAGCGGUUGCCCCACUGGCGUCACCGGCUCGGCAUCCCGCCGGCGCCUGUUCGAGGCCCUGGAGAUGUUGGUGGAGCUGGGUGCCGUGUGGGAGCCAAGUGCGGUGUACCCUUCGAAGGUGCCAGGGAUCCUGAGGGAUUCGGAGGCCUGGCGAACGCUUCUGGCGCUGCUCGAAGAUGACAGCCCACACCUGCAGUGGUUGGCGGUGCGCUGCCUGGCCGACUUGGCCGCCUCACCUGAGGCGCAGCUGGUCGAAGAAGGUGAGACGAGUCUCCGACUGCAGAUGCGCGAGGAGGUGGUCCGAAGAGGUGCGCUCGUGCGUGCCUUGCUCGAGGGCGACGACAUCGACUUGGUGGAGGCGUUCUCCCGGCUCAUGCUGAAUCUCCACGGCUCGAAGCCGGGAGGACCCCUCGGAGCCGCUCAUCGUGGACCGUUGGCAAUGCUAGAGGCUGCAGGCUGCCCGCUGCCGUCCUGUCUCGAGACAGACAAGACGCGCAUCCUGGACGUCGCGACUGCGCUGCAUUGGGCACAAGCGUGGUCGGGCUUGUGGGUCGGUGAGAUGUGCUACGCGCGAGGCGGUGACUCGCACGCUGGGCUUAGGCUUAUCCUGGGCCUUCAGGGUGAUCCGCAGGUGGACCGUGCGACCGAGGCUCUCACAGCCGCUGCAGCUGAAAUGGACUCCUCUCAACAGCCAGCUUCUUCAUCCAGCAGUCGGCGCGGCGGCCGCGCUGGCGGCAGCGCCGAGUACUGGCGCUACUUCGGGUUUCUGGCCGAUACGGACUUCGACUGCGCGACCGAGACGGUACGCUACAUCGAAGAGCAGAUUCGCCGACGGCGCGAGCCAUCGUCGAUCGCAGAGGUAGCUGCGAGCGCGCUGUGCGCCUCCUCCGGCAAGGAUCUCAUGCUGGUCGGUGCUGGGUGGAACGAGCAAAACGGGCUUUUCACAGCCGAGGCGCAAUUGCCCAAGGUGCCAAGCUCUGCAACAGGCGGAUCUGGCGCUGUUCCGCUGAGGCUGAUCUUGAAGUUUGCUCACAGCUGGAGCACUUACGAGUUGACCGCCUUCUUGACCGAUGGCGCCUGCGACGCUGGUGGCAAGAUGUGCAGGGUCCCAACGCUCUACGGCGUCUGGGCAACCACACCAUCUCAGCAUCGACACCUCUUCGUGCUUCGGCGUGCAGGUACCCUCGAGAGCCUGGCGUGA